AUGUCGCCAUCUUCUGUUGUUGAAACGAUUUAUAGAAAGAAAAUGGGCUGGUGUCGAACAGAUGAGGAGGUUGCUUUGAUUGAAAUUGGUAUAUUCGACUCCAAGGCAACGUUUCUUUCAUAUCUAUCUAUCUAUCUAUCUAUCUAUCUAUCUAUCUAUCUAUCUAAUCCAGUUCAUUAUCUAUCUAUCUAUCUAUCUAUCUAUCUAUCUAAUCCAGUUCAUUAUCUAUCUAUCUAUCUAUCUAUCUAUCUAAUCCAGUUCAUUAUCUAUCUAUCUAUUUAUCUAAUCCAUUCAUUAUCUAUCUAUCUAUCUAUCUAUCUAAUCCAGUUCAUUAUCUAUCUAUCUAUCUAUCUAAUCCAGUUCAUUAUCUAUCUAUCUAUCUAUCUAAUCCAGUUCAUUAUCUAUCUAUCUAAUCCAGUUCAUUAUCUAUCUAUCUAUCUAUCUAAUCCAGUUCAUUAUCUAUCUAUCUAUCUAUCUAAUCCAGUUCAUUAUCUAUCUAUUUAUCUAUCUAUCUAUCUAUCUAAUCCAUUCAUUAUCUAUCUAUCUAUCUAUCUAUCUAAUCCAGUUCAUUACCUAUCUAUCUAUCUAAUCCAUUCAUUAUCUAUCAUCUAUCUAUCUAAUCCAGUUCAUUAUCAUUAUCUAUCUAUCUAUCUAAUCCAGUUCAUUAUCUAUCUAUCUAAUCCAGUUCAUUAUCUAUCUAUCUAUCUAUCUAAUCCAGUUCAUUAUCUAUCUAUCUAUCUAUCUAAUCCAUUCAUUAUCUAUCUAUCUAUCUAUCUAUCUAAUCCAGUACAUUAUCUAUCUAUCUAUCUAAUCCAUUCAUUUAUCUAUCUAUCUAUCUAUCUAUCUAAUCCAGUUCAUUAUUAUCUAUCUAUCAUAUCUAUCUAUCUAAUCCAGUUCAUUAUUAUCUAUAUCUAUCUAUCUAAUCCAGUUCAUUAUCUAUCUAAUCCAGUUCAUUAUCUAUCUAUCUAUCUAAUCCAGUUCAUUAUCCAUCUAUCUAUCUAUCUAAUCCAUUCAUUAUCUAUCUAUCUAUCUAUCUAUCUAAUCCAGUUCAUUAUCUAUCUAUCUAAUCCAGUUCAUUAUCUAUCUAUCUAUCUAAUCCAGUUCAUUAUCUAUCUAUCUAUCUAUCUAAUCCAUUCAUUAUCUAUCUAUCUAUCUAAUCCAGUUCAUUAUCUAUCUAUCUAUCUAAUCCAGUUCAUUAUCUAUCUAUCUAAUCCAGUUCAUUAUCUAUCUAUCUAUCUAAUCCAGUUCAUUAUCUAUCUAUCUAAUCCAUUCAUUAUCUAUCUAUCUAUCUAUCUAUCUAUCUAUCUAAUCCAGUUCAUUAUCUAUCUAUCUAUCUAUCUAUCUAAUCCAGUUCAUUAUCUAUCUAUCUAUCUAUCUAAUCCAGUUCAUUAUCUAUCUAUCUAUCUAUCUAUCUAUCUAUCUAAUCCAGCUCAUCAGAAAAACAGGUAA